AUGGGGCACCUUGUAACCUUGGCAACUUGCUCUCUCAAUCAGUGGGCACUUGACUUUGAAGGUAAUCUGAAGCGAAUCUUGGAAAGUAUUAGAAUCGCAAAGGAGAGAGGUGCAAAAAUACGUGUUGGACCAGAGCUUGAGGUCACUGGUUACGGUUGCUAUGAUCAUUUCUUUGAAGGGGAUACUUAUUUGCAUGCUUGGGAAGUAAUUGCUGAAAUUCUAAAAAGUGAUGUCUCAAAUGAUAUGAUAUUAGACAUUGGCAUGCCUGUCAUGCAUAAAUCUGUAAAAUAUAACUGCCGAUUGAUCAUUGCUGAUAGCAAGAUUGUAUUGAUUCGACCCAAGAUGUACUUGGCCAACGAUGGAAAUUAUCGUGAGAUGCGUUAUUUUGCUCCAUGGCCUCCAAAGAAGAUUGAACAAUACUAUUUGCCACGCAUGAUCUCAAAGAUCACCGGACAGUUGUUGGUGCCUUUCGGAGAUUCGGUCAUUAGCACCUUUGAUACUUGCAUUGGAUGUGAGACAUGUGAGGAACUGUUUACGCCGGCAAGUCCACACAUUGGCAUGGGUUUGGAUGGUGUUGAGAUAUUUACAAAUAGUAGUGGAAGUCAUCAUGAAUUGCGUAAACUCGACACUCGUAUCAACCUCAUUCGUGCUGCGACUCAGAGAGUAGGCGGCAUCUAUCUUUAUUCUAACCAACAGGGUUGUGAUGGUGACCGUCUCUAUUACGAUGGUGGAGCAUUGAUCGCCAUGAAUGGUGAAAUUAUUGCUCAAGGUUCUCAAUUCUCGUUGCAUGAUGUAGAAGUUGUCACUGCCACAGUCGAUCUUGAAGACGUUCGCUCUUAUCGUGCUCGCAUGGCCAGUCGUGGAAUGCAAGCAUCACUGGCACCAGCUUAUGUUCGUCAAGAAGUCAAGAUGUCUCUUACACAUGAUUAUAUCAAGUCAAACAUCCACAUUCGCCCAUCAAAGCCCCAGGAGCCCUUUUACCACUUGCCCGAGGAAGAAAUUGCCCUUGGUCCUGCUUGCUGGUUAUGGGACUAUCUCCGUCGCUCUAAAACGGCCGGAUACUUCUUACCUCUCAGCGGUGGUAUCGAUAGCUGUGCUACUGCUGUCAUUGUCUCCUCCAUGUGUAGAUUGGUGGUUAAAGAAGCUGCAAAGGGUAACAAGGAAGUCAUUGAGGAUGCUCGUCGCUUAGCCUGUCAAGGUGACAAUUAUAUCCCCACUGAUCCUCGUGAAUUCGCAAGUCAUAUCUUUUACACUUGUUAUAUGGGAACGGAAAAUUCCAGUACGGAAACACGUAAACGUGCCAAGGAUUUGGCUGAGGUGAUCGGAAGCUACCAUACCGAUCUGGAUAUGGACGACAUUGUCAAAUCCAUCCAUAAGCUCUUUUCCUUUGUCACAGGAAAAUCUCCCAAAUACAAGGUGCACGGCGGGUCAGAUACUGAGAAUCUUGCUCUCCAAAAUAUUCAAGCACGUCUUCGUAUGCUGCUUGCAUACCUCUUUGCACAACUCCUACCCUGGUGUCGUUCUCUCAAGGGUGGACUACUGGUCUUGGGAAGCGCCAAUGUCGAUGAGAGCUUAAGAGGCUAUUUGACCAAAUAUGACUGCAGUAGUGCAGACAUCAAUCCAAUUGGAGCCAUAUCAAAAUCUGAUCUCAAACGAUUUAUUGCUUGGGCCAAAGAUAGCUUUGAUAUGCCUAUCUUGCAGGACUUCUUGUCAGCUGUACCUACCGCGGAAUUAGAACCGAUCACCUCAACCUAUGUGCAAUCUGAUGAAGCUGAUAUGGGCAUGACGUACGAUGAAUUAUCCAAGUACGGUCGCCUUCGUAAGGUGGAUAGAUGUGGUCCUUAUAGCAUGUUUACAAAACUCGUGCAUGACUGGGCUGAAGUGUACACACCUUCUGAGGUUGCCGUCAAAGUGAAACGCUUCUUCUUUUACUACUCUAUCAACAGACACAAGCUCACUACCUUGACACCUUCUUAUCAUGCAGAAGCUUACAGUCCUGACGAUAAUCGAUUUGAUAUGCGCCCCUUCUUAUACAAUUCCACAUGGAAAUGGCAGUUUGAUAAGAUUGAUAAAAAGGCAAUGGAAAUUGAACGACAAGAAUCAGAAAGACAAUUAAAUAAUAACGUAGAUUAAUCUUUUGUAUCUACAGCUUUUUUUUUUU